AUGACGGAGCUGGGGCUGCUGGGAUUGAUUGUACCGAAGGACCUCGGCGGGCUGGGCGAGAACCACGUGUGUGCCGCCAUGGUGGUGGAGACUAUUGCCCGUUAUGGGUGUCCCAGCACUGCUAUGGUUUACUGUAUGCACGUGGGCGCAGUGAGUGGUCUUCUUCUUCGUUACCAUAACAACGAACUAAUCAAAAGUGUUCUCCGACGUUUGGACAAAGACAAGCUGGUAGGGACUGAGUCUUUUAGUGAUCCCGCAACAGGUGGCCAUUUUUGGUACCCACUGUCCUCUAAGAACCGGUAUACCAAGGAUGGCAGGUUCCAGAUGUUAAAGUACGCCUCCUGGACAACCAGCGCCGGAUUUGCAGACUUCUACGUCGUCCAAACCACUAGCCCGGGCUUUGGCGGCGACUAUUCCGACCUGUCCGUAUUUUUACUGUUCAAGGACGAGGUUCGUGCUCAUGCAGACGAUUGGAAAUCCUUAGGUCUCCAUGGUAACCAGUCUGGUGUACUUAUAACAGAGGGCGUGCUGAGCAAAGAAAGGCAGGUUGGAGAACUCGGUGAAGGUGCAGCUAUUAACGAUGAAGUUGUUGACACGUGGUUCUUGCUACUGACUGCCUCCUGUUGGAACGGUAUAGCCUUUGGUUGUAUCGAUGUUGCUUGUAGACAUGCCACGGAGAAGGACCACGCUGACACCGGACUCCGAGUUUGCGACUAUCCCACAAUCCAGGACUACUUCGGAGAGUGCAUCAUAGACACUAAUGCCUGCCGAGCUUUUGUUUUCAAUGUGGCUCAUGGAAUGGAUUUGGCAACAAAUAAUAAUGAUUGGACCAUCCACAGUGACCUCAAGGUCAUGCCAAGAACAGACUUCUUGCACUGGGGCUGGCAGAUAAAGUUUGCAGCGGCCAAAAAUGUCGGACAUGUUUCCGAUGUAAUGCUUCACGCCUGCGGUGGUUCUGGAUACAAGACAGAAUUGGGCAUUGAGCGUCUUCUCCGAGACGCCAAGGCCGGCUGGGUGAUGGGUCCAAGCAAUGAGGUCACACGGCAGUGGGUAGGAACCACGGCUCUCAUGGGAAUGGAGCAGCUGGAUUACUGGUGA